CGGGGGGUCAGGUUGCAAUAACGAUAAAGUGCGAAUCCAGUGUCACUCCAGUUUUCUGUCGACCAAUUGAGCUGCAUCCAUUUUUUGCAGUCGCAGAAAAAUAAAGGCUCGUCACAAAGAACCUGAAAAAUCGAAAACUAGACUCAAAAGAAAAGAAAAAAAAAAGGGCCACAAAAAUAAAGGCGCAAUAGAGAUGAUGGAAGCGUGGAAUAAAGAGACAGUGCCAAAAGUGAUGCAGAUUGUGAGCACAAGGCUUCCUCAGAGAGACCUAAUCUCCCUUUUGCUCGUCAGCCCUUGGAUUCAUAGAAAUUUGAUUUCCCACCCGUCUCUAUGGCUGGUUCUUGAUUUUCGUGAGAUGAAUAAUGCUGGGGAUCGCCUAGUGUCAGCUCUCUCACUGCCAAGAUACGGGAAUGUGAAGCAUAUAAACCUUGAGUUCGCUCGGGAUAUUGAAGACAGACAUCUUGAAAUUGUUAAAAGCAAGUGUGGACAUUCUGUUAACAACCUAGAGAUUCUUAAUCUGAAUGGCUGCCAAAAGAUAUCUGACAUGGGAAUUGAUUUCAUAACAUGCAACUCCCCUAAAUUAAUGGUCUUCUCAAUCUAUUGGAAUGUGAGGGUUUCAGAUGUUGGUGUUAAGAACUUGGUGAGGAACUGCAAAAUCUUGAUUGAUUUAAACCUUAGUGGUUGUAAGGUAUACCGUACGACCCAUUUGUCUUGAUUGGGUCUUGAUUUACAAUACUCUAUUGGCCCUUGUCUAAAAUAAUACGUAUUUCAUGGGGUAAUUAUGAGAUACUACAGAAUAUCACGGAUGGAAGCUUGAAGUUAAUUGCGGAAAAUUAUCAAGGAUUGCAGGUGCUGAACCUAACUAGAUGCGUGAAGCUAACGGAUAAAGGUCUGCAAAUGAUAUUCCUCAAGAUCCCCACACUUACAAGCUUGAAUCUUUAUGCCCUUUCCAGUUUCACGGACGAUGCUUACAAGAAGAUAUCACUUUUGAGUCGCCUUGAAUUUUUAGAUCUCUGUGGUGCUCAGAAUCUUUCCAAUGACGGGCUCUCGUGUAUAGCUAAUUGCAAAAACUUGACUUCUCUCAAUUUGACGUGGUGCGUGCGAGUCACAGACGAAGGAGUGAUUGCUAUUGCGAAAGGCUGCAGGUCUCUUGAAUUUCUUAGCCUGUUUGGUAUAGUUGGGAUUACGGACAAGAGCUUGGAGGUCCUCUCGAGCUUCCAUUCAGAUACAAUUACGACCCUUGAUGUUAAUGGUUGUGUUGGAAUAAAGGUACUGAGAGAAGAAGCCGUGACCAACUGCUCGAGCUGUUUCCGAAGCUCAAAUGCUUCAAAGUCCAUAGCUAGACACCAAGUGUUACAUUUAUCUCCUUUCCUUUCUUUCUUUUACUCCUAAAAAGAAGUAUGGAUGUACAAUUUAUGGUUUACAUGUGGAGAUGUAAUGUAAUUGGUGAAAAAGUUAUAUAUUUUAUAGUUGUUUUUGUUUGUUAAUUAUUAUACGUUGUUCCCAGCUUCUUGUGUGUAUAUGGUAUUCAUUUAAAGAAAGUGUCAAUUUUAACAUGUACUCAUUUGUGAGACUACUGUAAAAGGAAAAGAAAAA